AUGACGAUGGUAGCUUCAGCGCUUGCAUGGUUUGGACUCAUCGCCGCGGCGACUGCUAACCCACCAGGCUGGCCACAUGGGCCUUGGGGUGGGCCGCAGCACGGAGGAGAAGGAGGACAGCAAUGGGGUUUGAGGAAGUUCACAUCUCUAGUUGCCUUCGGCGACAGCUAUACGGAUGACUCGCGCCUGGGCUACUUCAGCUCUCAUAACGGCGAUGCACCACCAGUCGGCUGGGUUGAUCCAGUUAACUACGCCGCCAGCAGCGGGGGCCGCAUCUGGGUCCAAUACGUAAAGCAAUACACCGGCAUCAACCUCUACAACUACGCCGUUAGCGGUGCCGUCUGCAGCAACGAAAUCACCCCACGCACCUUCACCACCUACGACUUCCCCGCCGUGCGGGAGUACGAAGUCCCAGCCUUCAUCGCGGACUCCAAGUAUGUUGAGCCAAGUGGAAGCAAGUUUGUGAUCAGCCCACCUGACGAGACUGUGUAUACCAUCUGGAUCGGGACGAACGAUUUGGGGGUCAAUGCCUUGCUCACAGACUCGCAAGUCAAGGGGAAGAAUAUUGUGGAUUACACAGAUUGCGUGUAUGAGCAGUUGCAGAGUCUGUAUGGGAAUGGGGCGAGGUAUUUUGUGAUUUUGAAUGCCGCGCCACUGAACCUUGCACCUUUGUACGGACUACCUGAGAGAGGCGGUGUCAUUAAUGGCAGCUACUGGCCGAACAAACCCAGCAAUACCACGGAGAUCAGCUAUCGCAUGAUGGAGGAGGUCGUCACGGUGAAUGCGAUUUACAAGUACCAGACGCCUUUCGUUGCGCAAAUUUCGAAUUCCUUCAAAGGCGCCAAUUUCGCCGUCUUCGAUGUGCAUGGACUCAUGACCGACAUAUACAACAACCCAUCCGCCUACCUCAACGGCACGGCGCCUCUGAAUGUCACAGGUACUGUUCACCAGUGCGAUGCUUCGGGGCAGGCAUGCACGAAUAGUGACAAUCCGGAUAGUUUUAUGUGGUAUGACGCUUUGCAUCCGAGCGAGCAGACGGAUCGGGUCAUCGCGAGGGAGUUUGUCGGGGUUGUAAAUGGGAAGAGUAAAUGGGCUAGUUAUUGGGGUUGA